AUGACUGUUCGGGCUGCAGUUGAACAAGCCGUUCAAGAGGAUUUUGAAUCACUUCCGACCGAUUUGGAUGCGAUUCGUACCCUUCUGGCAGAACGCGAGGCCAUGAUUGCUCGACUGGCCGAGGAACGGGAUGCUAGUCUGGCCGCCAUGCUUCAGCGCAGUUUGGGCGUGAAAGCAAGUGAGAUGGUCGAUUGGAUUGAGCCAAGUGAGAAUGAAUUGAGAGCCACAUGGGCUGAAGUAGAUAAAUACGCCGAGCUGGGCUUAACCAGUCUCCGUCAGACAGCUGAAGCACUGGAGGCAUUUGAGCAGCACAAACAACGCUUGACUGAUCUACUGGUGGGCACCAAACAUCUGGUUACUGGUUCGGCUAGUGCAGCCGCUGCGGCUGCAUUAGCCAUGGCGUUGGGUUCUGAAUCGGACGAAGCAGAUACCGACGCUAUCUGUUCAACAUUAGGGAUAGAUGAGGCCACAAAAGCAUGGGCAAACGCUUCUCUGGCUUCCGGUGUAAUGGGUGCGAUCGCGGCCAGUGUGGAAGAGGCCACACGCGCCGGGCAGGAAUCUGUACGUGUUCAAGCCGAGGUGGUCAAAGCGCAACUCAAUGCGUUACAAGCAGCAGAGGCGGAUCUGGCAGCCCUGAAACAAGCUGCGGAAACCAUAAAAUCUCGAGCCAGCGCACAACGAGUCGCCGAAAUCGAUUCGACUAUCGAACGCUUGGAGGCUGAGUUGCGGAAGGCUCGUGAGGAUUUGAUGCAGCGAUUGGCUCGUUUGCGAGCAGCAGAAGGUAAAUGGGAAGUGUUCUACACCAGUUCAACGGAGUUUGAUAGAUUUCUGGACGGAGCCGAGUCCAAAUUGGCCCAGGUCACGGCUGUCCAACCUGAAAGUUCCGGGAAUGUGCCAGCGGGGGAAGUGGGUGCAUGCGAAUCGGCCGCUAAAGCUGCUCUGGCCGAAUUGACCGCCUGGACCAGUUCAGCCGCCUCGGAGCUAAGCAAUAUUGAAUUGGCUCUACAACGUUUGAACAAUUUGGACGCUAUGUUCACUGAUUUGACUGCACUGAAUACGGUCGAUCAGUAUCAUGGCGACCCGCAGCAUAUGAGCCGAGAAGUGGCUCGUGCUCAAUCCAAAUUGAUCGGUUUGCAUCAACGACAAUCUGCCUUGGCCACAGCGUUCCGUGCGCACACAGAAUCAUUGGAACAGCUGGGUGGUCACCUUCGGCGUUACUUGGAAUUGGUUCCCGAAUUUGAUGCCGAGGUCGCAGACUUGGAAAAACAAUCGGAGACGUUCAGUCGUUCCGCGUUCCCCGAAACGUUUGCCGAGUUGGAGGCUAGACGCGAGGCACACAUCAAACGACAAAUGGAGCACGAGGCCAAGUUUGUGAAAAUGCGUGAGGAGCUAUCUGCCUUGGCCUUGCGUUUGAAUAUGUGGCCCGGUUUGAAGGAUUCCAGCGAACAACUGCUCAAACGUUGGGAGAACGUAAAUCACUGGUUGUUGGAAGAACGCCAAUACUUGGACGAAUUGCAUGCAUUGUGGAAGACGUGGAAUCGGGAGGCAAAUGAGUUGAAUGCCAAACUGACCAAUAUUGAUGUGGAGUUGGAACGAGACAUACGCGAUUUAUCCACAGAACGCAAAUCAGGGACAGAUGAAUCAGGUACUGCUACAACUGGACAAUCUGGUGCUGAGGUGGCUGGAGGUGCUUCACGGAUGGCCGAUUUGGAAACCCGAACCAGUCGAAUGCGUUUGGGCCAAGAACGUAUCCAGUCGGCCGAAGCGUCACUCAAAUCGCUGACCGGUUUAACAGAGAAGUUGCUGAUCCAGUUGAACAAACAAGCUGAUGUCAUGUGUGCCCCGAUCGAUUCGGCCGAACCACGUGCUACAAGCGCAACAGGGACAAGCACACGUCGAACUCGUUACAUUCGAUCCGAGAGUCGUGGCUCAGAUAGUGCGCAGUAUCAGCAACAGAUGAUCGGUUUGUCCACCAGUCCACACACCGUAGCCACUCGCUAUCGGGAAUUGGAGGAACGUACAAGACGUUUGAAAGCGCGUUGGGAAAAGCUGAACGAGGAAUUGGACAGCCAAUUGGAUGCACGCGAUCGCCUGUUUCGAGACAUGGAUAAACUGACUCAAUGGCUUACUGUGGCCGAGAAACGGUUAACCAAACUCACCCGGGUUUGGGUAGCGGCCAGACCACCGAUCAGUGUGGUGACUGCUGAAACUCCGGCCCCGAAACGUAAGGCUCUCACAGAUCCAAACUCCACUGGAGUUGAUUUAACCGAAGCAUUGAACCAAUUGUACGGGAUCUACACCGAGGCCAAGGGUCCCCGAUUGGCUGCGUUGAAGGAGAUCGCGUUCCAAGCUGAAGGUGAAGAGGUCGAUUUGAAUUCACUGUCAAGUCGCAGUAGCAGUCGUCCCGGGAGUAAUAUUCCGGAUCGACCAACCAGCACUCGCUUGCGUAGUCAACGCUCCGUUUCGUUUGAAGUAUCUGGUCGUCUGGGCAGUUUUGACUCGGCAGACGAAGUCAGUCGAGCAUUACGCGAACGCCUCAAGCGGUUGGUUGGUCGCCUAAAGCGUCUAGUGACACGUGUUUCAACACGAUGGUCUGCGUGUCAAUCAGCGGCAGACUACGAACGAUGCCGUUCCGCAUGGCGGGAACAAAUACGAACGAUGGAUAUGCGCGUCAAAGCAUUUAUCAACACAUCGGAUACGGUGGAUCUGAUUACAGCGAAGAAACUAAAGGAAAAGUAUGCCGCGAAUGAGGACGGGACUGUCAGGACGGUUACCACAGACAAAACUAGUGAAAAAGAUAUUACUGAAGAUAAGUCAGAAUCGCUCACCACAGCCGAAACGAAACGACCAAUAAGUGAACGUUUUGAUGAUCCCGAGGCAUUGCUUGAGGAAGAACAAUCCAAUGAUUCCGGGAAACAAUUCCAAGACGAAUACUUCCGGUUGCGUAACGAUUUGAUAAGCCUGAAGGAGACCAUUAAUUCUUGGCGUACUCAAAUCAAAAUUCUCGAAUUCGAAGGUCUCGAUAUCCAAUACGAAGAGGGAAUAUUCGACAGUACACUGGAAACAAAAGAGUUGGACACAACUUCAGUUUCUGCUGGUCUAAUGUUUGUCACUAGUGUAGAGGAUAAUUGGUCGUUCGGAAAAACGAAAGCUGCCACAAGUGGAACUUUACAAGUAGAGCCGUUCAGUUUUUUCGUCGAUACGGCACGUUUGAAUGCGGAAUGUGAUAAGUUGCAAGGUCGUUUGAAGGCCAAUCUGAUUCAUGUGCAGGCUGUUUGUGAGAAUUGGCAACAAUUGGAAGAUGCUCGAGACCGUCUCACUGCACAAUUGCGCACUCUUGAGUCUCAUUCACGAGGUGUGUGCGACGAUCUUUGUCCGACGGCCGAUCCGGCCGUCGCUGGUCGACGAGUGAGCACACGACUAACGCGACUAGGACGUCAACUGAUGGACUGGCAAACUGACCUGCUAUCUUGUCGAAAUUUACCCCCCAUUCAAGCGAUUCAGUUGGGUGCGACUGGUAAACCACCACCCGCGGAUGCCACCGAUUCGUCCACAACUCCGGAGUCAGGGACGAAUACCGAGGCUGGAGUGGUCAUUCAGCGUCUGAACGAACUGCGUCGUCUGGCCGAACGUCUGAUCACCGCUGCUCCUGCUCGUACCACGAAUGUGGACGGUCUUCUAGCACAAAUGGUACAAACCAUUGUGUCCAGUGCGAAUCAGUUGGGUCAACUGGGACGUCGGUGUAUAGCACUGUCUCAAAUUCUGUCCCAGCGCGAACAGGCCUUGGAUCGGGUGAGCUUUUUCGUAGAAACUACAGAACAAGAGACCGGUUUGGCUUGUUCUAGGGAGCAUUUCAAAUCGUUGAUGGAAACGUCUCCGACGGAGGAGAAGAAGAAGGCUGAGGAGAGUGAGACUGGCGAAAGCGCCGGAGAUGCAGGGAUAAAGAUCACUGAUGAUGCUGACAUAAUCGCAGCCGCAAUGGAUGCAUUUGAACAAGCAGAUGUUGCUCGUUUUGUUACUGUGGAUACGCAUGUCGAAGCCCGAGAGCGAUUGAAUAUUGUGCGCGCGGCUGAAGCCCAAAUGGCCAGUAAACAACAUGAGUUGUUAUCUAGACUUCAACAGCCGGUGGCGGCGGCGGCGGUAGCAGUGACGGUGAGUCACGGCACAGCGGACUUACUGCGAGAUCAAGUACUCGAUCGAUGGCAACGGUUACAACGUCGACUAUGUGCGGCUGGCCAGCAACUCGAAAUUCGUUGUUCGGCUUUAGCCUAUGUGGAGGAUGGUUUGAAGGAACUCACCGCUUGGAUUGAUCCAAUGGAGAUUAAACUGGAACGGUGCAGUGCUCAGUUGGCAAUCUCAGCCGCUGUGCCUCCCCCGAUUUCCGGUGUACCCAAUACGGCCGGUUCAACUCUAACCAGUGUCGUAUUUGAUUGGGGUAGUUCGGAUGCAGACAGUGACAAUCCGCAAACUAUGCUUGAUCGAUAUGCCACCGAGAUUGUCUACUACGAGAACCUGUUAGCCAGCCUGUCCGCACGCAUUGAGACCGAUUUGCCCGGUCGAGAGAACGUUAUCGGUAUGGUUCAGGCAUUCCAUGCGCGUAUAGAUCGGUUACGUAAAUCAGCCGAGCAUGUGCUGGCCCAGUGGCAAGACGAAGGCACUCGAUGUGAGCAGUUGUUCGCAGAUGUUGAACGUCUCCGUGUCAUGGUAGACGCCUGUAUGACCGAGCUGAAUGUGUGCUGCACACGGUUGAAUACGGAUAGUACCGAUCCCGUCGAAACGGAUCAUGUUUCGGAGUCGGAAAACCAAUUUUUACAAGCUCAUUCAGCUCAAUCUAACGUGCGAUUACACCGCCUGAGUGAGAUACAAGCAAUACGGUUCCGCCUAACCGUAUUGCAUGACCACGCACUGGUCCUACAUGGUCGCGCUCAGCAAUUAGCUAGCGGUCCAAGUCGUUAUCAUCAUCGCCUGGCGCGUCUGGAUCAACCGAUGACGUCCAAGGUGGACGAGGGUGAACCAAUGGGAGAGCAGAAGGACCUUAGCAAACCGAUUAUCAAGGACGGUGCAGAACCUCAACCAGAUACUGGACGUUCUGAAUGGACCACCGGUACAGGAGCUGUACUCCUUGAGAGCGACAUUGUCUCAUUGGAGCAUCGAUUAACUGGAAUGGCAGGUCGUGCUCGUAAGGCCGCAGAGGUGCUUCAUCGGUAUGUGAAUCGAGCGUUUUUGAACGGGGUACGUGUGUGGAACGCGUGGUACCAAGGCACGAGUCAGGCGUAUGAGCAACUUUUGUCAGUACCGACCGUGGCCGACCAGUCGACCACACGAUUGGCGACUUUUUUGAAUCAAUGUUCCGGAGAAAGGUUGGACGAAUUUGUGGUCACACGUCUGGAACAACUGGGGGAACUAAAAAUGAAGCUUCCAGAAGGAGAAAAUCUUGUGGAACAAUUGAAACGACUAGGUCUGAACAUGAUUCGUGCACAGUAUCUAGACAUUGAACCGGAAUUGGCACCUCUGCUAACCAAAACCACAUCUGGUCCCACAGAGGACCAGUCAGAAGCAGCACAGCAAAGCGCAACUCUGAAGGCUCCGGAUACUGAGCCACAUUCACCCACCGCUGAUGGGCUACUGGAAGCAGUGGAGAAUAAAUUGGCCCAAAUUGAAAUCCCCUCAGCGAAAUCGGAAGAUCAAACCAGCGUGGAACCGCUGCCGGUAAACUUAAAUCUACCUCCAUCCGGUCUGACAGCUCUGCUCGAACCAGAUGCAGCUGUAAAAUUGAUCGGCACUGCUCAGAUGGCACUUUGUGCCCUAACAGGUGAUUUGACCCGGUUCGAAUCUCGCCUAUCCGGUGUGAGUUCCCAUUCGAAACCGUUGUGUGAUGCGGAACACACGUUGAUCGCACAGACCAGCACUUUGGAAACGGAUGUGGAUCGGAAUCUUCGCUGGAACGAGCGUCCCACUCCAACAAUAUGUCAAACACGUUUGGAUGUCAUACAAAUUAUCUAUGUGCUCAUGAUUUUGGAUACGCAACUUACAGAUGACCGGGCUCUAAUUUCUCGACUGGCCGACUGUCGGUCACUGCACAGGCAAACCGGAAAGAAAUUCCUUCAAACUAUCACACUCACUGUGAUGGCAUUUACCAAACCGUCUCUGUCGGAAUUGCCAGAACACAUUUCUGAUGCAAGCAGUGAGACAGAUACCACGGAGGCGUGUGACUUGCGAAUUGAUCAGGUCCUCGCUAAUGCACUACAUACGGGUCCGAUUCAUUUGGAGGUGGAAGCCUCGCUGAAGCGGAUCGCCAAUCGAUUAGACCAGGCGUUCACGCAAACCGGGGAUCUCGGACGAGUCUUGCAAACCGAGGAACAGACCAGAGGAGAAGCGUUGGAAUGGAUGGAAUCCGCGGUUAAACGAUUGGAAACAUUGCAAAAUGAGUACAAUGCACAGACACCCAGUAAAACAGAGGCAGAAUCAAGACUGGAACAAUUGCAGUGUCGUGAUCGGAUGCGUCAAACCAGUCGGGAUAUGCUUGUUCGUUUUGACACAUACUGGACGGAAUUGUUAGGCGCGGUGAACAAGGCGGAAGUGACCGUGACGCGGUGGACCUCGUUCGCCGAGUGUCGCGCGCGGUUCGACAGGUGGAUGGAUGGUUUGGAACAGGAUUGGUCACUCAACGAGGAUGUGCUUCAGACCAUCGAAUUAGUGCCCACAUUGUCAGCUAAAAAGAAUUUGGUCAUUUUAUAUCAGCAACGUCUUAAGGAAAUGCACACCCACGAGAGUCUUUUGGAGACCAUCUCCGAUCGUAACCAGGCCUUAACUGAGUCAUAUCCAAAUGAACCAGCGCUCAUUGAACAGAACGAGAGUGAACCCGGACCCACCGUGCCUUCCGAUGAGUACAAGCAACUCAAAGAUCGAUAUCAACGAGCUCUGACAAUUGUGAAAUCUCGACUACAGUUGCAUCAACGCCGAGUCGAACUGCACGAAUCGUUCGAAGGGGCCGUGGCUCAGGUCAAGCAAGAUUUGGUCAUUCAUCUGGAGCGACUUCAUCAUCUGACUGAUCGAACCACUAAUCUUCGUGAUCAGUUGUUUUGGGAAUACGAUUCCGCCACUGGGCGCUACCAAUUCGUCAGCAAAUCCUCGUCAAAAUCGAGCAACUAUGAAGACGCGAUCAAACAGACCGAUCAGAUGUUGAUUCACUUACGCAACGAGCUGUCCACGUUCCGAGAAAACGUGGAACAAUGGCAAAUCAAAACUGGAGCGAUACUUGACAGUCAGCUCUCGACCGUGCUCCCGGAAACCUCAGAGCCGGAGUUGUUGAACUCUGUGGUUCGUGAACUGUCGGAGGCGGUACGGGACAAACUGGUCGAACCAACGCAACAACUGGAAGUUAGACUGACUGUACUCGAUCAAGCGUGUUCUGCACUAGCAACUCCGUUCGAAUCACUGCACAAAUUUUUGGAUGUAUGUGAGACAACGAUGAAAAUGGAUCCUUUGUUCACCGCGUCCUCGCUUGGAGCUACUACAUCUGGCGACCAGCGGGUAGCUAGCCAAGUUCCACAAAUCAGGUUGCCAAGUACCAAGCCGGAGAAGGAGUGUUGUCUAGCUCGGAUGCAGCAGUCGUUGGAACAGUUGGACAGCGCAGAAUGUGAGCAAUUAUUUGAGGCUCUCAACACCAGCCGAGAUGUGUUUGUGCGCGCGGUCAGUGAACUGGACUUAUAUGCAUUGUCAGGACAUCGUGUCGAACAAACUUUGGACAGUUGCACAGGACACCUACGAUCUUGGCAUAGUGCGUUGAAAACGCAGGCGCGAAGUGCAGUCCAACGAUGGCAAACGGUUGUGGAGGAGCAUGCAAAACUAGAAAACCUUUUUAGUUCUGGAGCAAAAGAAUUAGAGCAGAUUGAACAGGCAUUGAAUAGCCUCACUUUGGAUUUAAAAUCGAUCGUUACGUCGUCCGUGUCAUCUGAGGACCAUGUUUCCGAGACUGGAGCUAUUUCUUUCGAUUUUUGCUGGUCCAAAGGUGAUCUGAUCUACUCCCGUAGUCUGAAUUGGCUAUCGGACGAAAUAUCCGCUCGUUUGGAUCGGUUUGAAACCGGAAUAUACCCUAAUUUACUACGUCAGUUGCAGAUCGUAUGCAGCAACACUGCCAGCGAGGGAUCCACGGCAUUGAGCUUGGCUCUGAAUCAAUUAAAAUUUAAGGAUGAGCGUCUGAAGGUGCAACAGACGGAAUAUCAAACACGUUUGAACGAGGCCCUAGCAGCCCACGUUCGAGUGCAGGAGGAGAGUGUUGAUGUACAAGUGUGGUUAUCUGAAGUGCAAAGAAAACUGGAUCGUUGUCUUGAAACGGCUCUACAACCGCUGACCGUGAUUUUGGACGCGGAAAACGCAGACUCACUACUGACCGUUUGGAAUGCCAGAAGAAAAGAACAUGAACAUCGGCUUGGACUGUUGCAACGUUUGAAUCACGAGUUACAGUCAUGUCGACAUAGGAUAACCUCAUUGAACAAGCAUCUAACGGUCUGUCUUGGGACUCUGCGAACCGAGUUGAAUAGCCGAUAUGCUUAUCCCGGUCCGGAUCAAUCUGAUCAAUCUCCGGCGCAUAUCGAUCAGCUGCAGAGUGAGUUCUACGCUACCUUGAUUGAUCGGUGCCAGAAAGCCAUUGACUGGGAGACCCGUUUGAUCAGAACUGCCACUGACCUCGGUCAGAAGUUCACCUCUGCCAUUGCAGAUGUUCGUGGCGUAUCGGACCAGGUUCAUCUGCUGUUAAGUGAUCUGCCCUCAUCCACCACAGGUACAACUCCAAACUCCGUUUGUUGGACUCGGCCGUUCCUGGACGCGAAGUUGAACCAAAUUGAUUUUGAGAUUCAUCAAAACGCACUUAUUCCAUGCAAAAAGAUGGUCGAACAGUUGCGAGAAAAGUUAUCUCUCACUGAGCCUCCAUCUGGUGAUAGUGAUUCAGACGGAUCGGUCAUUUUGAUCGAGGAUGAACAAAAAUUGGCAACGGAUUUAGUUUCACACUUGUUCCGAACAUUAAAUGAACUUGACGAGCGUGUAACUAGACGUGAGCGACAGUUGACUCAAGUACGCAACCGGAUGAAUGAGCUUCAUUCUGCUUUGAAGGCACAACAGGAGGAAAUUGAGAAACUGGAAGAAGAAGCGUUCCCAUCGACUGAGUUCCAGUUGCCAUCUUCUUUGGACGCACAACGUGAAUGCGUGGAGAAGUUUGAGGUAACACUUCAUGGUAUCAAAGAACGCGAGAAUGAGCUGAAUCAGUUUGGUACUCGUCUGUCCGAACCAUUGAGCACGUGUGCCGAGAAUGAGUCCACGGAUUUGGAGAAUGCACUCACUUCCACAUUCUAUUGGCCGGCCGAUCCUGAACUACUCACUCGUUUCGCGGCCACUCAAAUCCGUCUGAGUACACUCGGUGAGAAAGUCACUCGCGAAUUGUCUCGAUGGAAUCGGGCCGUUCGUCAGCAAGAGGAUUUCCUGCACGCACUGGAACAGUUUGAUCAAUUGCAAGAUUCUGUACAAAUCGGUCUGCUCGCUUGUUAUCGUCACUAUCGAGCGGAGUUCGAUCUGAGUCAAAUGAUUCUACCCGAUCGAACGAUCCUGACCAACAUGAUCUCCAGUCUGACCGAUCAGGUUCAACCAAAACUGGGCACACUUGUGCACCGUGCGGAUCAAUUAGAUGUGAUGCAUGAUCUGAUCUGUUCCGAUUGUUCGCCUGUGAUGGCCACAACGAUCAAACAGACCAUUGCGAAUGGACGAGACAGUGUGAUGCAAUGGACCGAGCGCACGGAUCGAUUUCUCAUCACUUUGACGCGAAUGAAGGAGCUUGUGGACAAUGUGUCAGUUGCCAUGCAACUGUUCACCGAUCGGUUGAGCGAAUGUGAGUCCAUCGCACGAGCGGCAACUAAGAUGGCUCAUCUGACUAGUCUGACCGAGGUGCGACGUCAGCUACCCGUUUGGCGCACUCUUCACGAACGGGCCACUAGGGUGAGGGAACAGUUGAACGAGGAAUUUGAUCCCUCCGGUCCGUUGUUGCGUAUCAAUCAAUUCCAGUGGGUAGAUGCUGAUUUGGAAAAGUUGAUAUCCGGUGAUACAUCAGCUCCAAUUUUCUCACCUGGUCCGGAGAAUCUGGCAGUGAAUACGAUAUGUGACGAAGCACGGGACCGAAUCAGUCGCCUGGUUGAACUUGCUGAGGUGAGUCACUGCAACCAAGGUCGAAUAUGUAUACGUACAUGCUAA